UAGUGAUAGAGGCUACUAGAAUACAGGGGGGCGCCGACACUGAUAUUGCAUACCCCUCGGCAAAUGUGCAGUUGCGCCCCUGGUGCUGGCGCAAUGUUUUUGUGACUUUCGCAGUCUGUAACCGGUACCAUGGCGUCUGGCGAGGAGGACGGAACUGUUGAGGAGAAAGAAACCAACAACAAGAAGCGGACGAAAGGCACCAUCGCAACGGCAUGGCUCACGUUCUACAAUAUCGCCAUGACAGCUGGGUGGCUUGUAUUGGCUGUUGCCAUGGUCCGGUAUUACCUUCAGAAAGGCACCCAUAAAGGCUUGUACAGAAAUAUAGCCAAGACACUUAAAUUUUUCCAGACAUUUGCACUACUAGAGGUUGGACACUGUGCUAUUGGAAUUGUGCGGACAUCUGUAAUUGUGACUGGGGUCCAAGUAUGUUCUCGGAUAUUCAUGGUUUGGUUUGUUACAAACAGCAUCAGACAGAUUCAGAAUGAGGAGAGUGUGAUCUUGUUCGUAGUAGUUUGGACGAUUACAGAGAUCACUCGCUACUCUUUCUACACUUUCAACUUGCUCAAUCAUCUGCCAUACUUCAUCAAGUGGGCCAGGUAUAACAUGUUUAUUGUCAUGUACCCCUUGGGAGUAAUUGGAGAACUGCUGACGAUACAUGCCUCCUUACCGUAUGUGCGGAGAUCUGGCAUGUAUUCCCUGAGGCUCCCCAACAAAUACAAUGUGUCCUUUGACUAUUACUACUUCUUGAUCAUCGUCAUGCUGUCCUACAUCCCGUUGUUUCCUCAGCUGUACUUCCACAUGCUACGUCAGAGGAGGAGGGUACUUCAUGGAGAAAUCGUAGUAGAGAAAGAUGAGUAGAAAGACACCACUAAAAAAAAAAAAAAAAAAACAGGUAGCCAUCAGUUAUUUAAGAAAAGUUUCUGCAUCAGUUUAUGGUCAAAAUAAGAAGCUGAAAACAUUAAAUACAAAUGAAUUCUACAAUUAUUAGUUGCAGUAUAUAUUCUUGUUAGAACCUUUCCUACGGUCCACCACCCUUUCCAGCUGUGUUUUAUUUCACAAGGUUGGAAUGACUACAAUCGUCAAAGGAGAUAUGAACCAUAAUUGUGUUUUGUGUAAUUACAGAGAUACUAUGUAAACCAUUCUGCAAAUUCUAGGUCUUCACUUUUUUUCUCAUUUAUGUUCUUGGACUGAUUAGGGAUUAAGUGAUUUAUAUUACUAUAUCUUACCUUCUCCGUCUGAAUGGUUCAGGUGGUGUUACAAUUGACAGCAAAAUUGCAAACUAGCUAUGGAGAGACGUAACUAUCAUAUACAACGCCCCACCACAAACACACAUUUUCAUUCACAACAAAUUGGUAUAAGCAGAAAAAAAAAUAUUGUAAUUAAAAUACAAUAUAAAUGCAUUAAUAUAAAUCUUAAAGGGAUUUAUCUGUUUGUGUGAAAACUACUGUCAUGACAAUAUCUAGAUAUCAUAUCAGUGUUCUUAUGUUUAACACACUAGGUUUUGCAAAGUAAAAAAUCUGAGAACUGUAUUUUUAAAAUAUAUACCAACACCAUAUUCUAACAAGGUGAAACAUGAUAAAGCAACAAGUGAUAAUAUCUCACCCAUGUUAUUUUUAUUUUAUUUUUAAUUUUUUUCCAAACCAGCUGAGACUGAAAAGCAACAUAAAAUUUUGUCCAUUGAUUGGUUUCUAGUUUUGGGAUGUCACUCUGUGUAUCCCCACCCACCGUGACAUCUCAUUAGUCCAAAAUCCCACUCCUCAUAUAUAUUACACAUCAAAUAUGGGUGUGACUUUGUCCCAACAUGCAGAAGUUUCACAGAAGUUUGGACAGAAAAUUACUUGUAACUGUCUUUGUUGGGAUAUUUUUUUUUUACAUUUCAGUAUGCACUAUGAUUAUCUUUGUUGCUUCAGUGUUUACAAUCCAAACUAGAGUAAAUAAACUGGAAAACGUUUGUACAGGUAGUGCUAUAGAUAACAGUAAUCUUUAGAUAUUUGUUGCUAAAACCUUAACAAUCAGACCUUCUGUGUUGUUGAUUUUAUUUUAUUUUUUUGUAAGAAACUUGUGUUCACAUGCUCUGUUUUUGAGUAGAGUAUCUCUCUACGGUGCUACAAAUUUUAAUUCUUCCGUGCAGCUGAGUAGAGAAAAGGACAGGAUUUGGAGUGAGAAGUCUUCAAACAAACAUUUUCAUGUUAUUUAAUUUAAUACCUGGAAACUGAACUGAUUGAAUAAAGAUCUUGUGGGGAAAAAAAUGAAUGGAAGAAAGAAAAUGAAAGAAACAAUAAAAC